UAUUUUAUUUACAAAGUUAAAUCAUUUAAUUAUUUCGUUGGUUGCUCCUUUUUUUCUUUCUUUCUUUUUUUAAAUUAAUUUAAUAAUACACAAUUACCAAGGACGAGCGCAAAUUAAAAUAUAUAUGUAUAUAUAGAAAAAAUAUUUUGGCUGUAUGACCAUUUGUUCGUUCGUUCGUUCGUUCGAUCUAUCGAACUAUCGAUCGAUCUAUCUAUCUAUCGAUCGAUCGAUCUAUCGAGCGCCAUAUUGCUUCUUUCUCUACGUUCAUUCGUCGAACGUAUCGUAAUAAUUGCGUAGUAGUAUCAUUUCGAACGCCUCUUUUUUUAUUUCUAUUUUUAUUUAUAUUUUUAUACAGUUCAUCGAAGUAUGAAAGAGAAGGAGGGAGAGAGGAUGAUCGAUAGAUCAAACGAAUCGAUAUUAAAUGAAAUAUUUCUUUAUGAUUGGUGAUAACUGAGAGGAUAUAAAAAUAAUAAAUUAUAUCAUUGAAACCUCAUUAAAAAGGCUACUUCUAUGCAAUUUCUAAUGAUAUAUCCAACGGUAUAUCUCUACUCUCCUCUCCUCUCCUCUUUGUUCUUUCCCCCGGUCAGAAAAAAGGAAAAAAAAAAGAUAAAAAGAUUAUUUUGUGAUUCAACGAAACGAAUGAAUCGUCGCGGAUGAACACAUUAGAAAAAUGUUAGACCUUGAACCGGUGUGAUCACCGAAGCAUUAAGAGUUAAUAGCUUCCUAUUGAUUCUUUUGUUGACUCUUGUUAAUUUAUUUGUUCUCUAACAUCUUCUAAAAAAGCAAUAUAUAUAAAUACAUAUAUAUAUGUGUGUGUGUAUGUGCGUGUGUGCGUGUAUAUGUAUUUGUUUUUUGAUUACAGAAUAUAUUGACGAGUGUCGGAUAUGAUUCAUCUAAAAUGAUAUUUCACCAUAAAACGCAAUUAAAUCAAUUUAACCAUAGGCGAGAUAUUUAACAAAAGGAGCCGAGAAUUUGUAUGACUGUUUCUCCUUUUUUUUUUCUUUUUUUUUCUGUUUUUUUUUUCUUUCUUUUUUUUCUCUCUCUCUCUCUCUUUCCUUUUCCUUCACUUCUUGAAGGAUGAAAAUGAAAAUAAUAUGGAUCCACAACAAUGAAAAAUAAUAUGGAUCGAAAUAUACAAUCGAGAAUUCGUAAUAGAAAAAUGUAUAAUACAUAUAUGUAAUCUAUCUCUAUCUCUCUCUCUCUCUUUCUCUCUCUCUCUCUCUCUCUCUCUUCUGAGUGAAUUUGAUAGACAUGCUUCAAACCGGAAAUGUUUGCCCAUCCUAUCGCAAAACUGAUAGUAAUAAUAGUGACUUAUAACGUUUCACGUAUCAGAGAAUAUCGGAGAGUUUUUUUUCCCCACGAGAAUUUAUUUAUUUUCCAUCUUAUUAAUCCGCGAUCAAUUUAUUGACUCGUGAGAAAAAGGGAGGAAGAAAGGUAAGAGGAGAGAAAAGGGGUGUACGGACGACCCUUCUUUCCUUAUAUACAAAUUUGUCAAUUACGUUGAUUCAAUGACCUUCCAUUUCUUCGAACCCUCCAUCAAUUGCUCCUUUUUAUUAGCCUGAGAGUAAUCUGGUUGUGUCAAACGUGAGAAUAAUAAUGAUAAAAGGUGAUAAGCAAAAAGUAGAACUAAUACAGAUGUAAAAGACGGAGAGUGUUCUCUUCUUCUUCUUUUUUCUUUUUUUUUUUUUUUUUCGUGAGUGGGGGGUAAUAUAUCCUAUCGAGAAAGAAAGAAAGAAAGAAAGAACAUUAAUGAAAGAUAAAGAUGGAGACAAAACCGAUACCAAAGCCGAGGUCAAUUAUAAUGGCCGAACGUCCAGUACCGGCUCCAAGGAAAGUACCACCGGUACCUGUUGUUUUAUCAUCACCAUCACCGGCAUCAUCGUCAUCAUCGUCAUCGCCGGCACGUAGUAAAAGUCCGAGCGAAUCGAGCCAAUCGAGUCAGAAAAGUGAUGAGAUUGUUAAAUCUAAUAAUAACGAGGGAAGAAAUUCGAAUGAAUUUUUUCGACAAUUGAGUACCAGUUCACGUCAAUUGAAGGAUGAGAUAUCUGAGAAGAUGACGUUAAAGGGACGCGCCGUUAUAUCGAGUACGAGGAACGUCAGUAUACGCCUUGAAAAAUCUAUGAAGAAUCUUUUGACACGGAGAUUAUUGACGUCCCUUAAUCAGGAGGAUAUCAUGCAUGAUUCUAAUGUUAUGAGGAAUACGAAAAAAAUUGGGGACGAUAAUAAUGCCAUUGAUGACGAAAGAUGCGUAUCAAUGCCAGCCGAUGAUAUAUUUAGCAGUAUUACCUUUCACAGUCCGUUCAGUGGUAAUCUUAAAAGUAUCAGAAAUGAGGAAGAUCUUUCCGGGCUACGAUAUAGUCCACCACCACCGGUAUAUCCGCCACCCCCGCUUCCUGUAGAAUCAUCUAUCAACGACGAAUUAAAUUCAUUUACAUCGAGCAGCAGCAGCCAUUAUGAUACUCUUAGUUCUACCAUCUCCGAACAAGUACAAAGAGAUUUUCCAGAUUCGAAUUUCAAUCUUUUCAAUUUUAUUCAACGUCAGGGUAGCGAUUCGGAUCAAAGUUUAAAUUUAUCCGACAUAAACGUGAGCUUAACCGGCGACAGCAAGUCCGACAUCGAUAGGAGAUUGUCGAGAUCAGAUUCUUGGACAUUUUAUGACACAACACCGCCGUCAAACAAAUCCGAAGUUAUUAAUGAACUCGAUAGGAUAUCCAGUACCGAGGAGGAAACGUUAGAACAGGCAGUGAACGUGAAUUUUACAACAUUUAACGCCAGUUUGAUAUCCUUAGAAAAUUCUAUUUAUGAUAAUAAUAUUACGUCGAAGAGUAAUAAAGAUGAGAAAUUAUUUGAAUCGAUGUUAUCCAAUGUAAAACAAGGGAGUAGCAGUGGUAGUAAUAAAUCUUUACUAUUCGAAUUCGAUCCAUUCGCAAAGACUACAGAGGAAAACAUUUAUAAUAAUUACGAGAGCAACGAUUUGAUGUUGUUGGAAGCAUUAUUAUUGACUAAUGAUUCCUCGAGUAAUCCUGGAAGUACCGUAGAUCUUCACGAAGAUAACGAGAACGAGGAACCAACGGAAUUGGAAGAGAAAAGGCUCGAGGACUCUUUGAUACCACCAGAACCACCUAAGAGAUUCGAUUCUUUACCUAAGAACGAAUACGACGAGGUUGAAAUUGGUAAGAAUCCAGCACUUUUACCAAAAUUGGUUCAAAUGACAAGAAAAAAGCAACCAGCUGUACCACCUAGAAAAACAACCGUCAAAGUAAUCCCUGAUGUAUCAUCAACGACCAUAGAAUCUAAAAUGGCUACUACUACGGGGAAAGUUGUCGUCGACGAUGCCACGUCGAAUUCUCUUGUUAAAACGACUUACGACGAUACGAGGAAAGUCAGUGUAAUUCAAAAAUUAAAGAAAUUAAGUCAAGAUUCAACGGCCAACGUGAUCAAACCGAAUGUCAUAAGUUUUGUUAGAAGUGGUAGUAAAUUGUUAUCGAGAAAUCGUGAUCACGAGGGAUCUGCCGAUCAUAAUUCGAAGCAAAUUAAAAUGGAUAGACCUAAGUGUAAUAUUUCUCAAUGUAAUUCGACUCAUAGAGGUAUUGUUUAUAAAACUGGUGUUGGUAUUGAAAGAGCUAAAGAUUUGAUUCAAAGGGCUGCCGUUUUGACUGGUCCAAAAUUAUCUUUUUAUAAUGACAAGAGUAUGUCAACCCUGAAGGAAACUAUUAAUCUUGAAAAUGUUUAUAGCAUUCAUCUCUUGCAAGAUAUUAAAGUAGUAGACGGUGAAACGGUACAUUGCAUAGCGAUUAGCAGUGAAUCUAAACCCCAUGUAUAUAUAUUCUAUGCAAAGGGUAUCGCGGAGAGAAGAAGUUGGGCUCAAAAAAUUUUAGAAGCAAUGACAUCGGUUUUCCCUAUAAAAUACACAUCCGAUCUUACUAGAGCCGGUUGGGUUUACUUAAAGGAGGGUAUAACGGGUACAUGGUUCGCAGCUUGGGUUCUUCUUCAAAAAAGAACAUUGGUUUAUACGAAUUCAUUGGAGCCUCCGAUAUUGGAAUAUUUAGAUUUACGAAAGGCACGUUAUAUAGUAUUGAGAGAACAAGAAGGGCCAAAUUCGGAUAAUGAAUAUGUACCUGUAGUAGUAGUUGACGCUGGUGAUUCCGGUGCAUUGCAUAUAGCAGCACCUGGUUCAAAAGAAGCUUCAGCUUGGAGACAUGCCUUGUAUCAAGCCGCUACCAACUGUGGUCCGGCAUUACAACAACAACAAAUAACGCAUGACAAUGUCCCUGUUAUUCUCGACAAAUGCAUCAAUUUUAUCUCCACCCAUGGUAUAAUGUCGGAAGGAAUUUAUCGUCGCAGCGGAUCUAGUAGUGCCGUUAUUAAAUUAUUGGAAGCCUUUAGAAGAGACGCAUGGGCGAUACAAAUUACUCGAGGAUCUUACACAGAACACGACGUUGCUACGGUUCUUCGAAGAUUUCUUCGGGAUUUACCGGAAUCUUUAUUUCCCGCCAGUAUACAUAAUCUGCUUUGUCGAUGCUCAGAACUUAGCAAUGAAAGUGAAAGAAUACAGAUUUAUAGAAAUUUAUUGACGACAUUGGAUCCUAUAACAUCAGCAACUAUACGUCGAAUACUUGCUCAUUUACAUUAUCUUAGUCAACAAAGUUCAAGAAACUUGAUGACGGUUGAGAAUCUCUCAGCAGUUUGGGGACCUACAUUAAUGCACGCAGGAGAGAAUAGUGCUGAGGAUUGGAACAGGGAGGAGACAAAAGUGAUUGGCGAUUUGAUACAUUUAUUUCCAAAAUUAUAUCAAUUGUCUCACGCGGAUCUCGCUAAGGAAGCUAAAAUUUUAGAAGUUCUUGAGAAACAUCAUGUUUCUAAUAAUGGAUUGCGCGGUGCACCGUCGGGCGAUUUAAAAAUUUGGAUAUAUUUACUUUCGAAAGAAGGAGAAUGCAUUAACGUAUCGAUCGGAGCGCAGAAGACGGCAUUCGAUGUAUGUCGUGAAUUGUCAGAAAAAGUUAAUCUACUUGCUCAUGAAUUGUGUUUAGAAGAAUAUGCACUUUCGGGUGCAUUGAAGAGACCACUUCAUCAUAACGAACGUGUAUUAGAAACAGUUGCUAGAUGGGGUUAUUGGGAUCCAGAUGAUAGGAAGGAUAAUAUCUUAAUAUUGAAGAAGGAUAGAUUAUACAGAGAUAUUGUACCAUUGAUCAAACCACCCAUGACGAUAUCGGGGGAAUUGAAAUAUGCAGACGUAAAGUCGAAAAAUUUUAAGAAUUAUCUUUUCGAAUUUAGUCAGGCUAAAUUAUAUUGUUACAAAGAUAAAGUUUGUUCUACCAAAUUGCACGAAUGGAAAAUUGAAGAUAUUAUUUGGUAUAUAGGUCAUGAGGCCAAACGCAAUCCACAAAUGGGCUGGACUAUUACGUUUAUAUUAAGAAAUAAAAAACCAACAAGAUGCAAGGAAAAUCCUUUCUUUGGUAAUAUUUUAGCUGGUACAUAUAAGAAUGAACAAUACAAAUGGUUAGCUGCUAUGCUUUUUGGAGAAUUUCAAACCAAUCUACGUCCAUCUGCUAUAAAUUUAAUGGACAUAUAACUAUAUGUAAAUUAAUAUUUUUGUAAAUUACAGGGUUUUUAUAGAAUAUAGAAUACCUACUGCCACUUAAAUUGUUUUAACGAGAGCUUAGACUUUUAUAAUAAAGAUUAUAUUAUAAAUAUGAUGUUAUAUACAUUAGAAUAUAUAUAUAUAUAUAUAUAUAUAUAUAUAUAUACCGCAUUUGUAAUAUUUAUAUAACAUACGGAGUAUUUACCAAUUAAGCAUUCCUUAAAUAUCUUAUAAUUUUUUUUUCUCAUUCAUUAAAUCUAUACAAAUUUAAAAUAGACUUUUAUACUAAUAACAAUGUAACAAACACAAAUAUAAAUAGAAUUGUGAUAUAAAAUGAA